AAUAUGCCGAGUGCAUCGCAAACCUUUAGCUGCGUUAAUAUUAUCUCUUUUCUGGUGUGUGUAUCUCUCUUUUCAUUUGCGGAAAUAAACAAUGUCAUCUUUCAUAUCGCGACUCACGUCUCGUUUCAGAAAAAAUAUUCAUCAAUUCACAACAAAGGAUAUUGAACCAGUUGCAUGCGUUCGAAGUCUAAGUUCCGAGAGAGUUCCCGUUCCCGGCAUCAGGUUAAUUGACAGUGACCGUCAAGAACCGGGAUUAUCACCUUCAACCAUGUCGAGCCUGGAACGAGAUCAAUUAGGAUUACGUGGUCCAGGAGAUUCAACAACAUCGAGUCUCAUCAGGGGAAUUGAUCACAUCAAAAAUCCACAACUAAACAAGGGAAUGGCUUUCUCGAUCGAGGAGAGGCAGACCCUUGGAAUCCAUGGACUUCUUCCAGCAGCCGUUAAAACUCAGGAUGAACAAUUGAAACUUUGUAAAUUGAAUCUUGAUCGUUAUCCAGACGAUCUUUCUAAAUAUAUUUAUCUUUCAAGUCUAAUGGAUCGAAAUGAGAAGCUAUUUUACCGUUUAUUAGGCGAAGAUGUGGAGAAAAUGAUGCCUUUAGUUUACACGCCAACCGUUGGACUUGCUUGUCAAAAAUUUGGUUUAAUUUAUCGUCGACCUAAAGGACUAUUUAUCAGUAUCCACGACAAGGGACACGUGUACGAUGUGUUGAAAAAUUGGCCAGAACACGACGUCAGGGCGGUUGUUGUUACCGAUGGCGAACGAAUUCUCGGCCUUGGCGAUUUGGGCGCCCAUGGAAUGGGAAUUCCCAUUGGGAAAUUAUCGCUUUACACUGCUUUAGCUGGAAUUAAACCUCAUCAAUGUUUACCUGUCACGUUAGAUGUGGGAACAAAUACUCAGUCAUUACUCGAUGAUGAACUUUACAUCGGUCACAGACACAAGCGUAUUACUGGUGAAGAGUAUGACGAAUUUAUUGACGAAUUCAUGAAAGCAGUUGUGAAGCGUUACGGUCAAAAUACAUUAAUUCAAUUCGAAGACUUUGGAAAUUCAAAUGCCUUUAGAUUAUUAAUCAAAUAUCGUGAUCACUAUUGUACUUUUAACGACGAUAUUCAAGGAACUGCUGCCGUCGCUGUGGCCGGACUUAUCGCGUCUCUAAGAAUAACCGGGACGAAAUUGUCGGAAAAUACAAUUGUCUUUCAAGGCGCAGGAGAGGCCGCCUUGGGAAUUGCCAGUCUUUGUGUAAUGGCGAUGAAGGGCGAAGGAGUGAGCGAAGAUGAAGCGAAGAAUAAAAUCUGGAUGGUGGAUUCGAAAGGUCUUAUUGUAAAAGAUCGUCCGAGUGGAGGUCUCACUGUACAUAAAUUGAAAUUUGCCCGUGACAAUGAACCAAUCUCAACUCUGGCUGAAGUUGUGAAUGUUGCAAAGCCAACCGUUUUGAUUGGCGCCGCAGCAAUUGGCGGUGCAUUUACCGAAGAAAUUCUAAAAACAAUGGGGAACAAUAAUGAUAGACCUGUUAUUUUCGCUCUCAGCAAUCCCACCAGUAAAGCAGAGUGUACUGCCGAGGAUGCCUACAAACACACUCAGGGAAGAUGUAUUUUCGCCAGUGGCUCUCCUUUCCCACCAGUAGAAUACAAUGGCAAAACGUAUCACCCCGGACAGGGAAACAACAGUUACAUUUUCCCUGGAAUAGCUCUUGCUGUAAUUUGCGCCGGUAUGAAGACAAUUCCUGAGGAAACUUUCUUGAAUUCUGCAUGUAGUCUCGCAGAAUUAGUUACAGACAAAGAUCUGGAAAGUGGCAAUGUCUAUCCUCCUCUAGACGAUAUUAAAAAAUGCUCUCUUAGAAUUGCGGUUAAUUUGAUGGAAUACGCGUAUCGAAAAUCUUUAGCAUCUGUACAUCCUGAACCAAAAGAUUACGAAGAAUUUAUCAAGGCACAAUUGUAUGACACCAGUUACACAUCAUCGAUACCUGCAAUUUAUCCUUGGCCGAAAUUUUAAACAAAGAUAUUUAUCUCAUUUAUUAUGUUACUUGAUGUAACAUUUUGUGAUUGAAAGCCUGACUAUUAUGACGACUGAAUUUCGAUGGUGUUUUUUUGGUAUCGUAUUUCCUGUUGAGCAGGCAGUUACGAGUCGGUAUUUGCGAUGAAUAUUUAUUUACAAAGAAAAAAAAGAAUUUUUAUUGUCAAUGUUUCAGAUAAAAGAAAGACUCGUUCUUUUAACUAGUUAAUUUUUACACACAAUUAUAAACUUUAAGUCAUUUUUUAAAAAAGGUCUGUUUAAUACUUCAAAACAACUGUUUAGAUUUUACAAUAUUGUAAUGAGAACUUCAAUUUUAUAUAGGUUGCAAUAAAUAAACAAUAAUUACUGUUAUUAUUUAACAUUAAA